CUUCUUUCUUUCUGUCUUCGUCCUCACCCAUUCCCUCGUACGUACUUGAGAACCUACUCAAUCAAAUAGUACUCUCAACCACCUUUGUCCAGACCCCCCCCCUGCACAGAAUGACCUCAGCCUCCAACGACGCUCCGACAUCCCCACCCGCAAAGCGCGUCAAGACCGACGACACCAUGGCCGAACCCAAGCUCCUCGUUAAGAAGCUCUCGGACAAGGGCCGUGUGCCCACCCGCGGCAGCGCCUUUGCCGCUGGCUACGACAUCUACGCCGCCAAGGACACAACCGUCCCUGCGCGGGGCAAGGUGCUCGUGGACACGGACAUUUCCAUCGCCUGCCCCGCUGGUACCUAUGGCCGCAUAGCGCCUCGCUCCGGCCUCGCCUCCAAGAACUUUAUCGACACGGGCGCGGGCGUCAUUGACGCCGACUACCGUGGCCAGGUCAAGGUCCUCCUCUUCAACCACGCCGAGACGGACUACGAGGUCAAGGAGGGCGAUCGCGUCGCGCAGCUCGUCCUCGAGAGGAUUUACACGCCCGAGGUGGAGGAGGUGCAGGAGCUGGAGGAGAGCGUGCGCGGUGCUGGCGGGUUUGGCUCGACUGGUUGAGGGAUGCCGUCGUGAUGAUGAGACAUGAGACAAUGAGAAAGGAUAGAGUGACAUGGCACGUACAGGUCAAGAAAGUCACGGGAAAAAGAGUCUAUAAGCCAUCUAUGAUAGAAGUAGGCGAGACAAGAGACGAGUU